AUGGAAAAUAUGAAGAAAAAAGAUUCCGAGUGGGUUGUUGCAGUUGAAUCAAGUUUAAAGGGCGAAACCAGACCCCAUAAAUCCCAGCAUGGUCUCAUUCAUAGUGUUCCAAAGUCUCUCUAUAGUAGAAACAAUCGAAAGUUCUAUCUUCCGCAAGCCAUCUUCUUCGGCCCCUACCAUUUCAAACAAGAAGAUGUAGGGAAUAAUGACAUGGAACUGCUCAAGUCAGAAGUGGCAAGGAAGAUGCAUGGUAGAAUCAUAGGAAAUGGUGAUACCAAAGGCUUAAAAUCGGUGGUGGAAAAGUUUAUGGAAAAGGACAACCAGGAUAGAAUAAAGAAAAGCUAUGCUAAAGAGUUUAAACUUAGCAGUGAAGUGUGUGCGUGGAUGAUAGUGAGGGAUGCCUGUUUUGUUAUAGAAGUUCUCAACAGGUUCCGAGAAGAUAAAGUUCAAGAGCAUGAAGAUGAAGAUGAAGAUGCAGAGGAAAGUGUGUCGCCCUUCAUCGACAGCAUUCUUAGCAGGAAACGACAUCAUCCCCUGUUGACAGAAAUUGUAAAGGACAUGCUCAAGAUGGAAAAUCAACUACCAUUCUGGGUAUUGGAGAUUGUCGGGCUCUGUACUGUGGGAUUUAAUGAUGACGACCAUCUUAGGUCGAUUGGGUUUUUAACGGAGGAAAUCGGAAGUGAUAUUGUGGGCUCAAAUGAAAAUGACCAGUUUCAGUCGUCAUCAGUCUGGUUUGAGUUUGCACUGAAAAAAUUAUCCCCCAUCGAAGUAGCAGAAAGGCCGGGUCAGAAAUACAAAGAAAGAUUUCAUAUCUUGCAAUUGCUUCAUGACUACAUUGUUGACAGGCAAGUUCCCAACAAACCCAAACUCCCGCAAUAUAGCUCUUGGAGCUACUUUCGAUAUGAAAUUUUAGAUUGUCUUAUAGUCUGUUUAAUUGAAGAAGAAUUAUCGGAUAAACCUGCAACGAAGAUCUUAAAGUGCCGGAGAUGUAUGAAAUUGCUAUUUCAAGUAUCAGGAUUUGUGAUAACCCUACUUGUUUUGUCUCCGGUUCUUGUCAUCUUGUUCGUAUGGGGGAUCAUAUUUGCCAUUUGGUACUCUAUUAAGAACUACAUAUCCGCUAAAGUAGAGGAGAAAGGACUACAUGUUCCAACUGUAGAAGAACUAAAAAGAGUAGGAGUGAAAUUCAAGAACUCGGACGGUGGAAAAAAGAUAGGAGUUAGUGACAUUAAGUUCAAGGAUUCCAAACUGUAUUUGCCUAAGAUCAAUAUAGAUAACAGAUCCGAAGUGAUACUGAGAAAUCUGAUUGCCCUGGAAAUCUGCUCCCAAAACGAGCAGAAACCUAUUACAAGGUACGCUCUUUUAAUGAAUGACUUGGUUAACACGAGUGGGGACGUGGGUAUCUUGAGACGAGAGGGCAUCAUCACCAGCAGCCUUGGAAGUGACGAUGAGAUCGCUCAACUUUGGAAUUUCAUGGUGACAGCCACAGAAAUGCCCAGGUACGAUUCUAUAGACAAGGCUUGUGAAUUCAUUAAUAGGUACCGCAAGCAGUUGUGGAAAGUUCUAUGGGCUCAAUUUGUUAUGCUUCACUGUUCAAAGCCUUGGUUGUUUCUCUCUCUUCUGGCUGGAGUUACGUUUUUACUGUUGACGCUUGUCCAAGUUAUCUGCCUUUUUCAGUCGUGCCAACUCAAAUAG